CAUCAGGCAUCUCAUCCCUCAUCCGAAAGCUGGGAAGCAGCAACAGGAGGAGGAGCUUCUCAACUGUCUGACUUGAUCCAGCAGGAUCUGGGCACUUAACCUCUCAUGACCACUGGCCCCUCGACCCGUAGAAUGGGCGUUCAGAUUUAGACUCUUGGAUUUAAAGCAAUACUGUGAGAAACUAUCUGAGAUUGUAUAUAAGCAUGGGGACCCCUGGCUCAGGAAGGAAAAGAACUCCAAUGAAGGACAGAUUUUCUGCAGAAGAUGAAGCCCUAGGUCAUAUUGCUAGAGAGGCAGAAGCACGCCUUGCAGCCAAACGUGCAGCCCGAGCGGAAGCAAGGGAUAUACGCAUGAGGGAAUUGGAGCGCCAACAAAAAGAACUUUCUCAGCGUUCUUAUGAUAGAAAAUGGGGACAUAUCCAGAGGUGGAUGGAAAAUUCUGAGAAGACUAGCCAUUCAUGUCAGUCCAGGUGGCAGCCAGACCUGGGAGUUGGUGAUUUGGUAUCCUCUCAAAACAUUGGUAGUCACAGGAGCCUUUCCUUGGAUGUCAGUGGGUCCCACAGGAAUAGACCAAGUAACUCCAGGAAAAGAGAUCUAAUGAGUGGAUUUUAUCACGACCAGCGAAAUUACAGCAGUCUUAGACAUAGCAAAGUACUUCCUUCUUAUCAGCCUCGGUCAUCAUCUCUAUACAAUGAACCUCUGGCAACCACUAAGAAUUACAGGGCUUCUCCAGAUGUAAACACUGGUUUGAUAAGAAGUACCAGUUUGGCAUCAUUAUAUGAUGAUGGAUUGUAUAAAUGUUACAGUAAUCGUCCUCCUUCAGAAUAUAGUUAUUACUCUUCAAGAGCAAGUUCAGCCCGAAGUAGUCCAGUGUUUACAGAUGAUGAAUCAAGCAACAUUGCAUCCUCUGACCAUUCUGUACAAAGUCGCAGGGAUAGUGUGUCAAGUGAUUUUCAUCAUCAUGGGGAAACUGCAGCUGAUUAUUUUAGCCGCACUAAUCGUAGGGGAAGCAUUGUUUCUGACUUGGGUGAUGUCAGCAUUCCAGACAUGAACAAUCUUGAAGAGAAGACUGACAAACCAUAUUCUGAUUUAUACACAAGGCCAGCAUCUCGCAAUUCAGCAACUCCUUUAAGUGGAAAUUCUUCUAGACGAGGAAGCGGAGAUACAAGCAGCCUAGUUGAUCCUGAUAUCUCGUUAAGUGAAUUGCGGGAUAUCUAUGAUCUUAAGGACCAGAUACAAGAUGUAGAGGGGAGAUACAUGCAGGGACUUAAAGAACUAAAGGAGUCACUUGCUGAAGUUGAAGAGAAAUACAAGAAAGCCAUGGUUUCUAAUGCCCAGCUUGAUAAUGAAAAAAACAAUUUAAUCUAUCAAGUGGAUACUCUAAAAGAUGUCGUUGAGGAAAGAGAAGAGCAAUUAGCAGAAUACUAUAGGGAAAAUGAAGAAAAGACUAAGGAAUUGGAAAGACAGAAACAUAUGUGCAGUGUUCUACAGCAUAAAGUAAAUGAACUCAAAGAAAGCCUUUGCCAAAGAGAUGAACUAAUAGAGGAGAACCAGCGCAUGCAGCAGAAAAUAGAAUCUAUAUCCAAAGAGGUGUUUGACCUCCAGGAGACAGUUAAUUGGAAAGAUAAAAAAAUUGGGGCUCUAGAGAGACAAAAAGAAUAUUUUGACUGCAUUAGAAUUGAGCGAGAUGAGCUCAGAGAUGAGCUGGCUAACCUGAAGGAAACAAUGAAGAGAGGAGAGAAUCAUGGAUUAGUAAUAAUCCCAAAUUGUGAUAUUAAUCAUGAACCAGUAAUUGGUGCAAUUACAGUUGUAUCACAAGAAGCUGCUCAAGUUUUGGAAUCAGCAGGGGAAGGACCACUAGAUGUUAGGCUACGAAAGCUAGCAGGAGAAAAGGAAGAGUUAUUGUCACAGAUUAAAAAACUGAAAUUGCAAUUGGAAGAAGCACGGCAGAAAUCUUCUAGGAAUGAAAGCACAAAUUCUGAUUUAACAGGACUGGAAAAUGGUUCUGAUUUGCAAUUAAUUGAAAUGCAGAGAGAUGCCAACAGACAAAUAAGUGAUUUCAAAUUUAAACUUUCAAAAGCUGAACAAGAUAUAACUACUUUGGAACAAAAUGUUUUAAGACUUGAAGGACAGGUGGUGAGAUAUAAAACUGCUGCAGAAAACGCAGAAAAAGUAGAAGAUGAACUGAAAGCAGAAAAGAGAAAACUUCAGCGAGAGUUAAGAACAGCAUUGGAUAGGAUAGAAGAGAUGGAGAUGACCAACAGUCACUUAGUGAAACGGUUAGAGAAAAUGAAGGCAAAUCGAACUGCACUGCUAUCUCAACAAUAGAAAUGAAACAAAAGAAUGCACUGCUCCUUGAAAUGCUUGAGCUUAUUUUAAUACAGACUCCUUGGCAUAAAUUUGAAAACAAAGCUGUUCAGUGAAUUUGUUUCAUAAGUGGCAAUAUUUUAACUUGAGCAAAUGGGAAAAAGCGCUUACAUCUUUAUGCCGGUGAUGAGUUUUAGCAGCUUAAUUCAAAAAUCUGAUGGAGCCCAAUAUCUAUGGUUGACUUACUUUAUAUAAAUUACUAUUUUCACACUUGUGAAAUCAAGUUUAUUCUCUGAAUUAUUUUCAACUGCUUUAAUGCUUGGUGCUUGGAAAGAGAUCCACGAAUUCAAGAGUAUGCUGCACAACAAACUAAUCAAUAACAUGCUCAAGAUUAUCAUAUGGCACAAGUGCCUUUAAUAUAGUGCAAUGAGUACUUCAGAGAGUAGAACAAAAUAUAAUAUGGAAUCAAAUACCAUUUAUUUUAAAAUACAAUUGGAAUCUUGUUUGCUAAAUUUUAUACAUUUUGAUGGAAAACACUUUUGUACAAUAUUUAAAUUUAUAUAACAUAGAAAUGAUUACACAAUCUGCUUUAUCGCAUGGUGAUGCACACUUUGAGAUUUCAAUUUUGAACAAAACCAUCUCUAUUAUUAAUGUAAGACUAGUGAGCAAGAUUUGUUUUUGUACAGUGUGUAAAACCUGAUGUGUGUGAUGCUUAAGUGUGGAGUGAAAUAUGGGUGGGAGAAAUGUGGCAGGUACAAACCUAUUAAAUGGACACUUUGCAUACCA